GUGAAAUUACGUAUAACAAUUUCGAAUUAUCACUCGUGGUAUUUAUGCCAAAUAUCACUACAAAUCAUGCUACCAAAUGCCCUACUUCUUGUCAUCUGAGGUGAAAUAAAGCCUAAAUAAUUAUACAUCUUUUCACACACGUACUAGUCGAACCAUCUAUGAAGCCCUACAAUUCACAGCUGUCGCGUACGAUAAAAGAAUUAAUCAUUACAAAACUAAGAAUCAGUUUACUUUACAAGGCAUACGAACGCUAUCCUCAAACAACCUUGUCGACGUACAUUGCAUGUGGAGGAAAUUAAAACGAUGAAGUGAUCAAUUAAUUUUUUUUAUUAUAUUUUUUACCAAAAUGUCUUUUUUACGUGUAUUUUCUCGGGAAUAGGAAUCCGAGUUUUUCUUUCACCUUCUAAAUUGAAAGACCGAAAGCAGAAAUCCAAGAAAACCUUUCGAAAAAAAUUACACUUCCAGACACCAUUCCAGAAAGAAGAAAUUGCACACCCGUGAUUUGUGACUAAAAUGUGUCACACGCAUAUUACACAUGGUCUAAUACUUUCAAUACAGCGGUCCAAAUUUUCAGUCAGAAAAACGGAGCACUGCAGCUACUCUAUAAACGAGUUUGCUGUGCAUGGAAAUUGCCAGUGCCUAAUUUAUAUUACCUUGUUUUGGGUCCUUAAAGUCUGUGGACAAAAUCCCAUGGAGUGACCAUCCACAAUGACUACAAUCUUACAGUUAUGUCUCGAUAGGCAGACCGAUAUACAGCUGAUUAGCGAGAGGAUCAGCAGAAACCAUUUGUAUCUGUAGCAUUCAUUAAAAGUCUUAUCUUUAGAUGAUUGUAAAACCUGAUCAAACGAUCGAUCGAUCGAUCAAUUCAUUACCACUUAGGGAUAAAUGUCGUACGACUGCAAAUUUGCAGUUUUCGAUGGAAUAAUUUCAUGCCAUUUGAAUGGCGACGGUUGAGGAGCACGUUAUGUACCUCUGAAAUUUCUAGAAAGUCUAGAAGUGUGAUUAAGUAGGUCAAAAACGAUUCGAGGUUUUGUUAUCUAAUGCUCAAACACUGAAAACUAAUAUAUCACAUUGAAAACUAAUAUUAAUAUCACAUAAGAGAAGAAGUGUUUAAACUCAUAUCACCCGUGAUAUCAAACACGAGAAGGAGUGUUUCAUCUGAUGUUUAAAUAGCGGGAAGUGAUAUAUGUCUCAUCUAACUAAUGUUUAAACCCCGGGAAAUAGUACAUCAAACACAAAAAGAAAUGUUUCAUCUGAUAUCUAAACAGCAAGCAUUAAUACAUCAAACACGAGGAGUGUUUCAGCUGAGAUCUAAACACCGAGAAGAAAUGCACCAAACACGACAGAGAGUGUUUCAACUGAGAUCUAAAGACCGAAAAAGAGGUUACAAAAACGAUACACAUACGAUCUUUAACCGACUUUGUACUGCCUGGUACACUCUCAAAUCUUAUUACCUUUUUUUUAAAAAAAAUUCAAGCAAACUUUUGCCAAAUUUUCUGCCAAUUAGGUUUUGGCUUCACAACCCAUCUCUAAGAUAGUGAUUCCCAUCGUUUCAUGUUCGAACGUUGUUCCAAGUGUAAGAAUAUUAGUUCCAGUGAAAAGAUAUGGGGCAGUACUUUCCUAUGCUAAUGGGUUUUUAGUCCAUAUAUAACUCCAAGUGUGGCGGCUCAAAUACUCGCUGUUAAAUAGUUCGUUCCAGUCGCUGAAUCUGCAUUAUAUUGUACAUGUAAGGUUUAAGUCUGUGGAUAAAACGUGAUUUCACCGUUUUCAGUGUUGUUCAAAAUCCUUUACCGUCUCAGUCCUACAGCGAAUCAUGGUUAAAUGUAAAGUUGUUCUAGUUAACUUUUGAGUCUGUGGACGAAAUCCUAUGGUGUGACCACUCAAAUGAAAGCUAGUGAGCAAAAGUUUCCGGUGGUACUUUUUUUUAUGCUGCAGAAGGUGGUUCUUUUGAGUCUGUGGAAUGAAAUCCUACGGUGCGACCAUUCAAAUGAAAGCUACUGAGCAGUACUUUCCUGUGGUGCUGUUUAUUAUGCUGUAGAAGGCGGUUCUAACUUUUGAGUCUGUGGAUGAAAUCCUGUGGUGUGACCAUUCAAAUGAAAGCUACUGAGCAGUACUUUCCCGUGGUACUGUUCAUUAUGCUAUACAAGGUGGUUCUAACUUUUGAGUCUGUGGAUGAAAUCCUGUGGUGUGACCAUUCAAAUAAAAGCUUUUGAGCAGCAUUUUCUGGUGGUUAUAUUUAUUAUGCUAUAGAGAACGGUUCUAACCUUUUCGUCUGUGGACGAAAUUGUAGGGUGUGGCAAUUCAAAUAAACACUCAUCAGCAGUAUUUUUGCAAGGUACCUCUUGUUCAUCCACAGUUUUUCAAAACGAGAUUAAAUUUGGAAUUUUUUGAGAUAGACUAUCACCAUGAGAAGUGAAAGGGUUAAACAGGUAAAAAGACUCUGUAGUGACCGAUAACCUUACUCUUAGUGCCACACCCACUAUCCGAGUGAAGUGAAAUUUUGCGGAUAUAGUGCAGCAGCGUGCAAGAAACAUAGUCACAUAGCAGAAACUCAAUACAUCAAAUCAUGGUACAUUUGAUGAUUCACAUCGAUAUUUUUAGCCAACUACUCAAAAAUAAAUAUCAUUUACUGUACUCUCUCUGGUGAUUGGACUCUAAAAGAGUGCUUUCCUCGACCUGUUCUUUGUAUCAGCUAAAAUUUAAUAGAUUGAUUAAGUGACCAUCUCCGGUACUGGAUUGGAUCAAAAGACCUCAUUCGCUAAGUGUGAUAUGGAAUACCCAUUGCAAAUUACGUGAUAUUCCCUGGAGAUUUCCCAAUUUUGUGAAAAAAAAAAAAAAAAAUGGCUCAGAGGGAAAGAGCUCCAGAUGACGUCUAAGCUGUAUGUUAACACUUACGGAAUUUGACCACACACUUAAAAGUUAGAGAAUACCUUCCGUGUCUGCAUAAUUAUCUCUCGGGGUGAAAGUGUCAUGAUAUAUGUACAAGCUUGACUGUCUUUUUUGUGCAACAUCGAAAGAGAAUAUUUUUUGAGUAUGGUGACAUAACAAAAAAAAAAACGCGAAUAUCACCUGAUCCUUUCAAUGCCGAAGUUGGCCGAAGUCAAAAUUCAACAAAUUUCUACAUUUCAUUUUGUAAAAUGUUGAAAAACAAAUAGUACCAAGUGAAAGUACUGUAAAAGAGGUUGCAUUUGAAUGGUCACAUCAUAGGAUUUCAUCCGCAGAUUCAAACCUUAGAACCACCGUGUACCGCAUAAUAAACAGUACCACAGGAAAGUACUGUUCAGUAGCUUUCGUUUGAAUGGUCACACCAUAGGAUUUCAUCCACAGACUCAAAAGUUAGAACCACCUUGUACAACAUAAUAAACAGUACCACAGGAAAGUACCGUUUAGUAGCUUUCAUUUGAAUGGUCACACCAUAGGAUUUCAUCCACAGACUCAAAAGUUAGAACCACCUCACGCUGAAAGGGCUAAACAGCGAUCGUGAAUAGGGAGCCUUUCUUUCUUGUGUCUUUUUUUACUUUAGAACUGACCUAAAUCAAACUACAAAAACACCCAAAGAAACUAUUCAAAGUGGCUGUUAUCUUUAUGUUCGUAUAUUAAGAUAAAAUAUUCCCUUACAUUCUGUCGUGUUAUCGGUAGAUAUUGAGUCCGAUUUUAGCCUCAAUUAAAUUAGCUUUAGGAAACAGUUGAAACAGGAACUUUCGAAUUUAUCACAAGUAAUCUAACAGCUAGGAUUAGUUUCAACAAAGAUGGCUAAAGUCAGACUGACUGUCUGAGCUGAGAUGUCUUGUCACGGAAAUCAGGAGUUACGACCACAUGAAGCCACAAGUAAAGCCAAAAAUUCCAAACUUUGAAUUUGAAAGAGCACUGUUAAAUAGCUUAUACUUAGUAAUUACCUAGAAAGAUUUCGUCUAUUCACGUAUAUAAGGCUAGAGAUAUUUACCAAAUUCUUGUUUGUCUUGUUUGAUUGCGAANUGAAACAGGAACUUUCGAAUUUAUCACAAGUAAUCUAACAGCUAGGAUUAGUUUCAACAAAGAUGGCUAAAGUCAGACUGACUGUCUGAGCUGAGAUGUCUUGUCACGGAAAUCAGGAGUUACGACCACAUGAAGCCACAAGUGAAGCCAAAAAUUCCAAACAUGAAUUUGAAAGAGCACUGUUAAAUAGCUUAUACUUAGUAAUUACCGAGAAAGAUUUCGUCUAUUCACGUAUAUAAGGCUAGAGAUAUUUACCAAAUUCUUGUUUGUCUUGUUUGAUUGCGAAAUAAUAAACAAAAAUUGCGAAAUUGUAACAACACUUCAUAAAAUUCAUAUUUUGACAUCUUUAUCUUGACACGACACCAGAAAAAAGGAAAAGAAGCAUUUCUCUCCAAAACUAAACCCCAAAUAUUGUUCCUCUAAAGCAUGGAUACGAAACGAAAAACAUUUUUAGUUAACUCUGUCAUGCCCAUGAGGAAUGUAGGAAAUUAUUUAAUUCCAAUGUGUAACGUACUCGAGAACCGAUAGUACUAUGGAAAGAAACUUAGCCAGAGGAUCGUCAAUAAACUCAAAAAUAAAAAAAACUCGCUCGUUUCUAGGUCUGACUUGUGGAGUGAAAGUCGUUUUAGGUUUUCGUUCGCGCCGUGCUUUAAAAGAAUGUGAAAGCUAGACCAGUUUUAUACAUUUAAUUAUAACAGUGAAGAAUUUCUAGCCCAGACUUAUUUAAUGGGAAUUCACGCGUAGGUAUUUCUGACACCAAUGUACUUAAAAUAAAAGUCACUUAUGGACACAUUUCUUUUCUAAAGUGUCGGUUUGUCUUGACUAUCCUUCAAAAUCUAUAGUGACUAAAUGGAGUGGAUCUAACUUUGAACUUGUGAGCAUGGUUGAGCCUUUCAUUCCUGACAGUGGCCUAAUUGAAUAUACACACACACAAAAAUCAAAAUUUGUUUUUGUAAAAUCCUAAGAAUUACAUAAAAGCAUAGGAUUUCACAGAGAUUCUAAAGUUAGAAUGACAAAUCAUCUCACCUGAUCUUGGUCAAAGAGUUAAAGGGCCUCAGAAAAUUCUUGAAGAAUCUGAGCCACCUAUUUUGCUAAAAUGGGACGAUAACAUUUUAAUCGGAAGGUUAAAAGUUUGUUCCUGUACUAUUCAGUGUUUAAUAUGCUGUCAAGAUGGAUUGUUCUAACUUUUGAGGCUGUGGAUGAAAUCCCAUGGUGUGACCGUUCAAACGAAAGCUACGGCUGAGCAGUACUUUACUGUGGUGCUGUAUAUUAUGCUGUACAAAGCGGAUCGAACUUAAUGCCUGUGAAAAAAUCUAAACUGCUAUAAUUUUAAAGUUUAAAUGAAAUCAAUUUAGCAGUACUUUCAUGCAGUAAUGUGAUUAAACGCUUUACAAGAUCAUUCACACUUUAAGUCUCCGCGCCCAUUAAUUGUACACAACGAUGUGUUUGCGCCUGUGGCAAAUAAAACCCGAAGUUACGACCGCUUUAAAUCGCUUGGCGAGUCCUCUAAGAUGGUACAUCCUGUUCAGUUUUCUCGUAAACUUUGUUACCAUGUUUGAGUAUGUAACAUUCUACUCUUGAUAAGUGAAUAACGCAAACCUAGCAUAUUAGACUAGAGACGAUUUUCCUCGAGUGAAGGUUUACGAUGUUGAAAUGGGCGCAUUUAAUUUGGACUUAAUUCUAUUAGUACGUUAUGAUCAUCUAAAUAAAAGCUAUUGAUGAGUGAAGUAGAGUAGGUCUGCGGUGCAGAAUCAAAUUGCUUGUUUUGUGGAUCUGUGGUAAAACCGUUCCUGUGCAUGGCAAAGCUGAAGAAGGGUUUUACAGAGUAUGAGCCAGUUUUUGCGUUGGCAAAGGCCUUGUAAGUACGGUAAACUAUCGAAAUCGGAAUAGAUCAGCUUGUAGGUCAUGCUACUUAUUUUAAAAUAUUGCAGUCGUUUCACCUCCAAGUUAUUGUUAAACUACAUAUUUUUGCAGUAGGAUUAGGUCAAAUAUUAUGGUUUUAUACAUCAAAAAAGUAUUUGAAAACAUAACAUCCAAUCGACGACAGAAAGUAACACAUGGAAGGAAAGACACUGCUUUGAAAGACUAUCUAUUGUGAAGGUUGUAUUAAACCAUUUCGCCUCAUUUUACAAAGUAGUGCAAAACAAAUGGUAUUAUGAGAAAGGUCUGCCAAAGAGGUGAUAUUUGCAUGAUCACAUCAACUGAGUUCUUUUACAGUAUCAAAAGUUAGACCAAUUAUUUUCAUAUCUCCACAAAAUACUCUACAGCUGAGGGGGUUUAGAAAAUUAGCAAAUUGCACUAGAAAAAGACAGUCUUUCUUCUGAGAAUUUGCUUCGCCAAUUGUCUGCUUUUUUGCGACAAUAAAAUAAUGUUUUGGGUACGACAAGCUCUGCUAGGACCUUCAACAAGGCGUCCGCAGCUGGCAAAUACGAGGAAUUAAUUUCUUUUUCUAAAAUAUGCUGCUUUUAAAACUGCUCAGCGAAAACAUGCGUUAACGUCACUUUUUAUAUCGUCUCCGUUUAUUGUCCCUAAGUGAUAUGGAAAACAGUGACCGCAAUUCUAAUUCUUUCUCAAAGAUUGGUUUUGGGUUCCUACGACUUGUUAUUUAGGAGAGGCUUGUAAUGUGUGUUAUCGCCAUGAUAGUAAGUUCUUACUUCACGUUUGCAUAAAAAAUAGAUUAACUCUUCAAUUUUUAGAGUCAAUUAAUUAUUAUAUAGACGCGUGAUUGAGUUUCAACUUAAACAAUCCUUAUGUGUGACCAUUCAAAUGAAAACUACUGAGCAGUACUUUCCCGUGGUGCUGUUUAUUAUGCCGUACAAGGUGCUUCUAGCUUUUGAGUCUGUGGAUGAAAUCCUGUGGCGUGAUUCAAGUAAAAUCUCUUCAGCAGCACUUUUAUUGGGACCAUUUAUUUUUCAGUAUUUUUACAAACUUAAAUUUAGAUUUAAAAAAUGGACUUUGGCCAUUUUUAGCCGGGGUAAAGGAUUGACAUAAACUGAAAAUGUAGUAAGCAUAAAUGGUUCAUUUAUUUAAUAGUUUUUAUUGUAUGAAGCCAUUAAAAAAGAAUGAUAAAACAUGAAUAAUCUAUUCUGAUAUGAGAUAAAGACGCUAAAGGAAUUUGAUAGAAAUGAUUUCAUAAUCCCGGUUAUAAAAUGUUAAAGUUGAUACAAGUAGAGAGAUAAUUACCGUAUCACCGGUCUGCAAAAUGCACGACUGCUUGAUGGGAUUAUCCAUGAAAGACUGAGGAUAUAUCCAUGAGUAAAUGCGAUUAGGAUGUGAAGGAUAAAAAAUUUUGGACACGCGAUAAGUUUCAUUGACAGCUGGAUCCACAGAUAGAUCGGUUUAUAGCGAAAAAAAGAAAAAGGAUAUUUAAAAAUAGCAUAGACGCGGCACAAUAUGUAACAGAUAGGACAGAGAAAGUGUUAUGUAAUGAACUACUACACUACCCUUUAUCAAAAUUCAGAUUCUCAUUUGUUGUCGCUGUACGUUUUCAAUAGAAGUUGUGGAAGGAAUUUGUUGAAGUAUCAAAUAGAUUCAUCUUGCGUGAUCAUGUCCUUAAUUCUCAUGACCACUGUGUUUUAUAAAGCAGUGAUAUCACUCUUAGGGCUUUAAGGAUUGAGAAAUUAAAUAAAUCACAAAAUCACGACGUCCUGACAAGAAAAUACGUCCUCAAAGCAUUUUUUCAAGUUAGCCACAAUUGGGAUGAAAUAAAAAAAAAACUGUCACGAUAAAAAAUUUUCAAGUCUUAAUCUUCUUCACUUCUUAUUGUUCGAUUUUUCGUACUAUUUUUGUUGGAAUUCUUUGUGCGGUUUCAAAUCACAGAUUCGAACCUGUUAAAAUAAAUUUUCACCUGACAAUAAAUGCGUAAUAAAAAUUUGUAGCUACUGCUGCAGAAAAAGGUUUGGUAAAACGCAAUAGAAUCGCCAAAACGUGGCUAUGAAGUCUUCAGGAGAAAUUUGCCUGUGUAAAAAGGCCAGGGCUUUUCUUGCGGUGAUUUUAAAUAUGAAAAGGCCCUGGUGACUAGUUUCCAAGUCAUGUGACUCUGCUGGGGAGAUUGAUGGAAAGUUCGAGGUACUUUUCUGUGCACGCGUUUUUUAUGCUGCCCUGAUAAAAAAAACCGUGAGGAAAAUUGCCUGUUUUUCUGUAUGAAACGCCGAAAGAAAGAAUCGGUCUCUUGUUCACGUCUCCUUCCUAAUCGUUUAUUUUAGAAAUUGUUAUACAAAGAAGAUAAACAGCGGAAUCUUUGAGACUAACAACGGAGCAUUUAUUUACACUGAUUCUUGCAAUGUCUUGUUUCAGGUGUGGUUUAAAAACAGAAGAGCCAAGUGUCGCCAACUGGACAAAGCAGCGGAAAACAAAAGAAAACUCGAAAAAAAAUCUCCACCAGGGCCAAUUCCUUCUCCAUCAAAAAUCAACGAACCAAAAAAAUCAAGUCCUUCGCCAUACCAGCUCCCAAGCUGCAGUGCGAACAUGAACGGGAACAUGUGGAACAAUUCAUCGUCAAUACCACUGACGCAUGGUCAAAAUUACCCCUCUCCUCCCGUACUGACAAACAAUUCCGGCCCAGUGUUUAUGCCUCCCCCACACCCUCCCCCUGCGCCGGGACCCCCACCUUAUUAUCGACAAACCGCUGACUGUUCCUAUAUGUCAUCGCCGUAUAUGCACAUGAAUAGACCGGGCGAGCAACCGUAUCCUCCGACACAUAUGUAA